UCAGAGAACAUGCGCGGCACGAACGAGGGUAGAUAGAUAAAUUCCUGGGAUCGCCCAACUGCAGACGGUCAAAAUUUUGACUUUGCAACUUGAUCGACUUGUUCAAUUAUCAAUUACAUCUCAACUUCAUUGCCACACUGGUACAUUUGAACCCUCCUGAACUUUCCUCAUGACCGAAACACCGCAAGGCAACAUGGGUCAUAUACCCAGCUACACCAUCAUACGGCGACAAGACCUAAGUUUCCAAUUCAAUCCGCCAAUUGGCUCUCUCGAACUCGCAAAUGCUCUAGCUUUGAAGUACCCUUUGGAACUUGGCCUGGAAAGUCAACUUCGCAGAGCCCUCCUGAACCACCUGGAAUCAGAACACAACAUUUCUCCAACAAUUGGACAACUUUCUGGCAUGUACUCGCCCCAGGCAUCCGCAGCCAACCACCGAAAAGCACCUACCGCCUGGAGAAUCACAACCGGAAACCCCGCCGAGUUCAAGAGGAAAAGGUCGACGUUUACUCACCUCAAGCGGAAGAAGGUAGCCGAAGUUCGAAAACGGGGUGCUUGUGAACAACACAGGAGGAAGAAAAUCGAGUGUAAUUGCACUCGUCCUGAGUCGACAAGCCAACAACCCCCAGAACAGGCUCUUGACAAGUCUCCCGCAACUCAACCUGGAGUCCCAGAAAGUCCAACAUUGCCAGAUACGGAAAACAGUUUCGAAGGUACUUAUGAUUUUCAUUCAUUUCUUCGAAAUUCGACAGCAGAUCCGAAUUGGAACGAUAUUUUUCAGCCAGCACCGGCAAGCUACGACCCAAUGAACGAGCCUUGGUGGCCCCCCGAAACCCCUCCAGCCUGAAGGACCAGUGCAGCCGUGUAAACCUCAUAUUGGUGCCCACGAAAUUC